GUCGCCUCUUUAUAUGUGGAAACGUUCUUUAUGCGUCAUGUUUCGUAAAGCACGUCUCCUGAGUUUGCUUACUCUUUUACCAGUUGCGCUAGGUAUUUGCCGCAACGACUGCAACUUUCUUCAGCCACUUUACGACACGAUACCGUGCGUCGCAACGCCAAAUUGCAAUAAGGGAUCGUGUGCAAGGGCGUACAAUUGCUCAUAUAUAGACAACUGGCCGCCCGACACAUGCUACUUCAAUGGGAAGUAUCACAAAGAUGGAGAAACCUUCCCGAUUGAAUACACUCACAAAGUUACCUUGGAAACCAAAUCUUGCUUGCAUCGUUGCGUCGUUGCGAAUGGUUGCAUUAACAUUGAACCAGUAGACUGCCCUCCUCCGGAUGAGAUUGACUUUAGUUCCGGUUCAAACCCUUGCGCUGAUAAUAUGCGGUUUCAACAGGAAUUGCUGCGCGACUAUGGUAUACCUGUAUACGUGCACGAAAAGGAUGCAUGUCCUUUGAUGUUUAUUCCAAAGGUUUUUGCUCCUCCAUGCCACGAUAAUGCGACUCGCCGAUACUGCAGAGUAGGUAGCUAUAAGUACAAGAAAUGGGAUGGCAUAGCAGUAUCUUACAAUACUCUACAGUUUGCGUGUUAUUGUGAUUGUCCGCCAUUUAUGAGGUGCCUUAAGUUGUAAUUGUGGGUGAAAUCUGUAUAAAUUAAGCAUAGAUGUAUGACACAUCUAUGUCGUUUAACGUUUUGGUUUACGAAUUGUUCAAAGGCAGUUUUUUUUUGUAUUUUAAUAGCAAUAAAUCUGAGAAUCAAGGAAUAAACUCUGUUAAACAACUAA